AUAAGGGUCAAUUUGCUCAAAAACUGUAGCAGCCGUCUUCCAAUUUCAAUUCAUCAGUUGGCUAAAUUCCGUGAAUCCAACUGAGUAUAUUAACACCGAGGCCGAGGGUUUCAGAAUCAAGAUUCGAAGAGCGUAAUUCGAAUCGUCAAAAAGGAAAUUAAUCAUGAGGAAGAGAGAGAGAGAGAACCCCUGCGGGAUUUGCGGGCACUACCACAAGUACGAGGAGGGUGAGGUCUGUGGCAUCUGCGGCCACCGCCUGGCCGUCGGUUCCGAGCAAUCCGCCUCCUCCUCCGUCCACGUCAGCGCCUUUCCGUCGGAGAUCUUGCCGGAGUUCCUUUACCUUGGAAGCUACGAUAAUGCCGCCCGCGCCGAGCUCCUCAAGUCUCAGGGCAUCUCACGUGUCCUCAAUACGGUGCCUGCUUGUCAGAAUUUGUACAAGAACUCUUUUACCUAUCACUGUCUCCAAUAUGAUCAAAAGUUGCCAUUUGAUGAUGCGAUUCAGUUUCUAGAACAAUGUGAAAAAGAUAGGGCGCGGGUUCUUGUGCAUUGCAUGUCCGGCAAAAACAGAUCCCCAGCCAUAGUAAUGGCUUAUCUGAUGAAAAGCAAAGGUUGGAAACUUGCACAAAGUUAUCAAUGGGUGAAAGAACACAGACCUUCAGUUGAACUAAACCAAGGGGUUUACGAGCAAUUACAGGAGUACGAGCAAAAUAUUUUCGGUUCAAUCCAGAACAAUGGUAUUGUGGUUCCAAGUUUGCCAUCCUUCAGCUUUGGCUUCUCAACUCCAAACGAUCCAUCAAUUUCAGUUCCAAUUUUCAAUAAUCCCAGUGUGGCUUCGAUAUUUUCGCGGGCCCCAUUUGAAAUCCCUCCUCAGGAGUUCACCUUUGGAGCUGGGCAAUCUCAGAAGAACAGUUCAGUCGACAACAACAGUCUUGUUGUUAAGGAUAUUACAAUGGAUGGUUUUUGACAAGUUUGGAUUCUCCGAGGAAAUAGUGAUCUGUCGAAAGUCCAGGUUUCGGCUUUUGACUAUGAAAUGUUAUUGCAUGCACAAAAGGGUGGGAAGGAGUACUGACGAGCCUGUGAUAUACUGAAGUGUAUUAAAACCUUGCCACAGCCAAUAUGUAUACUACGAGAAGGUUUCUUAAGAAUGAUUUGUUAGUUGAACGCGAGUUCUUUUUCCGUUAAUGUUUGGACAAUAAAACGAAAGACCAGAUACUGUGCCUUGCUUUAUCUUCCUUGAUUAUUUGAUCACUUAUUUUUAUUACUAUAAUCAUUGUUAGCAGGAAAGAGCCAACUUUGAACUG